GGUCAACUCGCGUUGUAUUUAUUUACUGCUGAAAAACCGUAGUUCGGCUUAUCGAUAAUCUAUUGCGUAGUAAAAUUACUUGGAUUCGGCGGUUCGAUCGGCGGAAUGCUGGACGUGGACGUUGUGCUGGGAGUAGUAUACUUUCUAGCCGGGUUUCUGGUAAAGUUGAACAAUCCAGACUUGAUGUUUCUUCCGAACCUCGGGACGAAAUUCAUUGUGUUUGGUGGCAAAACGGUAAAAAUCAAGUGAAAAACAAAAACAGUUGUUGCUGUCGACGGGGACCAGGAACAACUGGAGUCUAGUGUCUACGUGAGGAACGAUCCGUACGCAGGUUGAUUGAUAACUUUUUAACGUCUAAAGUGUGAUUGAUUGCUCACGGGCCUCGAAUAAAAACAUAACACAGUAAAAAGCGAUAGCGAAAAAAACCCACCACUUUCGAGAGAAAUAUUGAUAACGAUGACGAAUGAGACGGUAAACGGCGUACAACAUCAGCUGACUGAUGGUAGCUUUGAUUUGAUAACGAAUUUCGCGUUGCGGCAAUCGCGCAGUACCGCGGUUACCAGUACGUAGAUAAUAGCGUAUUUCUUAUCUACUGACAGUUGAACGAAAUCCCGGAAAUACAGACCGUGUAAAUACCAUGAUUAUACCACGGUGUAGACUGUUCAGGGUAGGUACUGAUAGUACAAAUAUCAUGUGCUUGACGCUUGUGAUAAUUAUUUUUUUUUUUUCACUGCCCCAGUGUCCUCCGAAUUCCUUCGUAAUAAACGCGAAAAUGUUUCCGCGAUAGUUUAAGCGGAGGAUCAGCAGCCGUGUCGGAAGAAGUGCAUUUGAUUAUUCACCCGGGAAAAUGUCGACGUCGUUGGCGAAUCGAACUUGCGAAACGGCUGGCUGCAGCUUACCAGCGAAUCUCCAAUGUCCCACGUGCAUCAAACUCGGCAUUGCCGGUUCCUACUUUUGCUCUCAGGUACCGGCCAAUUUCAACAACCGCGUAUUAGUUCCAAACGUUCGUAAUUCGUGUCCUCUUUCACUGUGUCGUUCUGUACUGCGAGUUAAUCCGUCUCCCCGAAAUACCUAGACUCUGACCUAUAUAGACGAUUGAUUUGUUUUGGAAGCCAGUCUGCAUUUGCUAAUGAAGAUUUUAAAUUCAUAUAUAUAUAUACAGCAUUCAGGAUGUACUACAGUGUUAUCCGAAUGCUAAUAACUAUGUCAAUAUUUGUUUAGUUUUUCAAUAGCCAAUUUGUAAAUUACGUUAUUUGAAAAAUUCUAAUGUACCAUACAUUCAUAUCUGAUCAGUAGUUUUUCAAUGGUAGUCAUUUUAAUAUCUAGAGAAAGACGUGAAAAACAAUACUACCACGUUACGCGAUAUCGAAUUAUUGUCGUUUUACAAGAUAAUAAAUGUUGUUGAUAUUAAAACGGCUAUUACUAAGAAACUAUUAAUCGGAUAUUGAUGUACGAUACAUUCAGAUUUUUAGAAUGGUAUAUUUUGAAAAUGUUUAAAAGUGAAAAAAUAAAAAAUUACCUUUUUUUUCAGUGGUUAAGGGAUGUAAAUAAAAAUUAAUUUUUCUCGGCGUUUUGUGUUCCACCGAUUCAAAACCCAAUUAAUAAAAAAAUAUGAACAUUGACACAGUUAUUAGCAUUCGGAUAACACUGUCGGACAUUCUGCAUACUGUGGAGAGGGGGGUCUUCAUUUUCCAAGGGUUUGUCAUUUAGAGUUUUCUAUUAUCUUGUCAAAAAAAUUCAACUCAAAGAUACUUCAUCUUUGUAAAAAUGUAUAUCAAGUUAAUUUAAAUGGCAACCAAAAUAUUACACGGGAUUUUUAAUCUACUGUGUUUUACAUAUAGUAAAGAUAGUACAUAUAGUAUAGAUCAGAUUUAUUAGAACAAAUUAAAGAUCAAAUGGGUGGAAUUAUAAUUUCUAUUUUUAAACCAAUAAAAUUUGGCCUAAGCAACACUUUCAUAAUCUUUUGUUUUUAUCGAGGUUAAAAUCUAUAACAAUCCUGUUACCUACCUAGGUAUAUGAUUAUUUUAUUGAUACUAAUUAAAAUGUGAUUAAAAUGUUUAUUUUAUUUUGGUUUUAGGAAUGUUUUAAAGGCAAUUGGUCUAUACAUAAGACUCUUCAUAAGGUUGGCCGUAAGUUAAAUAUCUUUUUUUUUAUUUUUUUAAUAUAUUAAGUAUACAAUGUUAUUGGUUUUAUUUUAGUUUUUGCUGUGAAGGUAUUAAUGCUAUUUGUAUUCAAGUAUUAAAUUAAUUUUAAGAUCUUCACAUUUUAAAUAUUGAGUAUUUAAAAUAAAUUAAUAUUCUUAAAAUCCGGUCUAAGUAAUAUAUUCAAUAAAAAUUAAUAAAAUAAUAAAAUAAAAACAUUUUUAUAUAAAAAUGAAUGAAUGCGUCGCCUGGAGUAUUAUGAUAAGUUUAUUAUAUGACCGGUUUCGAAUUAAAAAUUCAUCAUCAGGUAUAUCACAGAGUCGUAUUUUACAUUUUGACUGUUAUAUAUCUUAUGAUAAAUUUUUAAUUCGAAACCGGUCAUAUUAUACUCUGGGCAAUGCAUUUAUUCAUUUAUUUAUUUUAUUUUUAUAUUUAUGUAGGUAUAUUAAAUAAUUAUUAUUAACAUUGAACAGAAUGUGUCCUAUCCAAAAUAAACUGGUGUUAAUAAGUAUUUAAAAUUUUAUUGCAGAAACUACAAACGGAAUUACUGAACCGUACAAUCCGUGGCCAGAUUAUGCAUUUACAGGUAAACCAAAAUAUUAUGAUAUCAAAUUCUUAAUUAUAAAUACUAUUAUUUAUUGUUUUUAUAACUUCUCUACACAAGUGAGGUUGAAUACUUUUAUUUUAGUAGUCUUCUUCUUCUCCUUGCCUUCAUCCUAUUUGAAGUCGACCAACCUCAUUCUAAAUUUCCAUUUGACCUGAUCCCCCAUAUUGUUCUCGUAUAUACAGGCUGUUCUCAAAUCAUUAUCAAUCGUAUCCAACCACCUCUCCAUCUUUUCUCCUAUGUUUAUUUGCAUUACAAUUCGUACUGCUUCUGAUUCCUCUCAUAAUAUGUCCAAAUUAUCUUGAUCAAUUUUUUCUAAUUUUGUCUACUAUUGAAGCCACGCCUAAACUAUCAUGUAUGUACUCAUUCAUUAUCAUAUCUGUUUUAUUUCUACUUACCCUUAAUUAAUUUCCUUUAAGUGCUACUCUCCAUUCCUCAAGAAUAUUGUUAACUUCUUCCAGAUAUUUUCCUAUCAAACUAAACUAUAUCAUACAUAAACAUCAUACACCAUAUUACCUUGUAUUUUCUUCAUAACUUCAUACAACAAAUUUUACAAAGAAAUUAUGGCUCGAAAUCGAUUCCUAAUACACAUUUAUUCCAACCCUUAAAUCUUCUGUUAUUCAAUACACAUUUAUUACCUUCGUAUUUCAACCUUCAUAUAUAUCUUCUAUCAAACUAUUAUAGAAUUUCAAAACUCUUUAUCUCAUCAGAACCUCUCUCGACACUGUUCUCUAAAUCUAUGAAAGCCAUACAUGGGUUUUUCUUUUUCUCUGUAUACUUGAGUACAAUCUGUUUCACAUAAACAAAUCACAUUCUAACGUUGAUUUCCCUGGUAUUAAACAAAACCGAUUUUAGAUAUUAAUGCCUCACUUCUAAUUCUCUUUUCUAUAAUUUUUCCCCAUAGCUUCAUACUGUGAUUCAUAAAUAUUAUUUCUUUAAAACUUUGAUACUUUUUAUAUCUCUACAAUUACAUUAAACUCCCUUAUCUGCUUAACACUUUCUCUUUUUCACAUAAAAUAAUUAGUGAAAUAGCCUGUAAUAUUUUACCACCUAUGACAUUGAAUUCUAUAUUUUUUAAUUAUAGGACCAUUGCGACCCCAUAAAAAAACUCCUCUUCGCACUGUUCCUGAUCAUAUACAAAGACCUGAUUAUGCGGAUCACCCAGAUGGCAUACCAUUAAGUGAACAAUCGGUAAAAUUAUCAUCACACAUCAAAGUGUUGAAUGAUGAAGAACAAGAAGAAAUGAGAGUUGCUUGCAAGGUAUUGUUAAAGAAAAUAUAUUGUAUUAUGAAGUUAAAAAAAUAUUUUAUGAUAUUUAUUUAAUAUAAUUUAAAAUAUAAGUAUUGAUAUUAUGUGUAUUUUUAUAUUUAUUUAUUUAUUUUUUGUAGCUUGGCCGCGAAGUCUUAGAUGAAGUAGCAUCGAUGAUUGGUGUUGGAGUAAUUUCGGACGAAAUUGAUAGAGUUGUACAUGAAGCAUCUAUUGAACGAGAAUGUUAUCCUUCGCCAUUAAAUUAUUAUAAAUAUCCAAAAUCAUGUUGUACAUCUAUAAACGAAGUUAUAUGUCACGGAAUACCCGACAUGAGAGCAUUAAUUGAUGGAGAUAUUUGCAAUGGUUCAAUAUUUACUUAUACAUUAUAUAUUUAUUUUUUCUACUUAUUAAUAUGUCUAAAUAAUAAAUAUGUAUUUAAUUUUACAGUUGAUGUAACUGUGUGUCAUCGAGGAUAUCAUGGUGAUUUAAACGAAACGUUUUUUAUUGGAAAUGUAUCGAAGGUUGCAAACAAAUUGGUUAAUGUUACAUGGGAAUGUUUAGAAAAAUCCAUAAAUGCAGGUAAAAUAAUACUAUUUCAUUCAAGACCAAAGAUAUUUUUUAAUUUGUUGAAAAUGUUUGUUUGAAAAUAAGUUCAACCUGGUGAAAAAUAUCGAGAGCUUGGUAAUAUUAUACAAAAACAUGCUCAAACUAAUGGAUUUUCUGUUGUAAGAAGUUAUUGCGGUCAUGGUAUUCAUAAAUUAUUUCAUACAUCUCCCGGAGUGCCACAUUAUGCUAGUAAGUUUCAAAUAAAUAAUAUUUUAAAUGUUAUAAAAUUGAAUUAAUUUACAAUUUUUCAUGCAAUAGAAAACAAAGCUGUCGGUGUAAUGAAACCUGGACAUACCUUCACGAUUGAGCCUAUGAUAUCUCAAGGUAAGUUAUAAAAAUUAUAUUGUUGAUAAAGGCAUAUUAUCUUUUACGAAAUUUUCCAUUGAGUGUUUUAUAGUUUCAAAUAUUAAUAAAAUGAACUGGUUAUAGUAAUUGGAUGUGAAAAUAAUAUUUUGCUCAAAAUGUUUUCAAACCAUAUUCAACAUUAUCAUUUUUCAUUUAAACUGAUUUUAAAGAAUUUGUAAACUAAACCCAAUUCAAUAUCAUAACUAAUAUGGAUUUUUUUACAUAUAUAAUCAGUUUUACAAUGUUGACAGUGUAACACAUUUUAUUUUUAUAUUUUUCAUAACUUAUAUUCUAUCAGUUAAUUUUAAGUCAUAAAUAAAUAUUGAGAUAAGUUACACAGUUACAAAAUAUUAUGAGAAUACAGUGGCUCUACAGUAUACCAUAGUAAUUAUUUAGUAGAUUUAGAACAAAAAAGGUUAUGUGAAAUUAAUUUUCCAUUACGAAAAAACAUAAUAUUAAAUUAAAUAUAUAAUUCUGAUGAUCCAAGGUCAAUGAACUUUAUACACUUGAAUUACUUACAUUAACGAUGGAACUAUUAAAUAACAUGAAAAAAUAGAAACAAUCAAUGUAUAUUGUUAAAGCAAAUUCCUUUGUCGAUUUAUAAUAUUAUCAUAAAAUAAUAAAAUGUUACUGACUAUAAUUGAUUUUUUGAAUAAAUAUGUAAUACCUAUACAUUGUAAAUAUUUGUAUUCAAUGAUUACAGGAAGUUGGCGAGACAGGUGUUGGCCAGAUAAUUGGACAGCCGUGACUGUAGAUGGAUUGUUAUCGGCUCAGUUUGAACAAACGUUAUUAGUAACUGAUACCGGAGUGGAAGUUUUGACCAAACGUUUAGCUAAUCAUGGAUUACCUUACUUCAUGGAUAAAACAUAUUAAUACUCAGAUGCUGUAUUAUAAUACAAAGCAAGUGAAUUCAAACUCGUGUAAAACUAUUUAUUUUCAAUUUGAAAACAAUUAUGGUAUUACUUACUUAAUUUUAAACUUUUUUCUAUAAAUAUACUUAUUUCUAUUCUAUUUAAUACAAAUAAUAUAAUCACUACAAUAAAUAAUAAUUAUACAAUUUUAAAUUAUUAACACAAUAUAAUUGAAAAAAUUGUAAAAAUUAAAUGCAUUAAUGCUUUUUUGUUUUAUUUUUACCAUGCUUGAUAUUAAUUUCUUCAUAAAGAGAAAAUUGAAAAAUUGUAAUUGAUUUUGACCUAGAUACUUACCAUGGUCUGAUGAACUUUAAAUUUUGCAUUCGCUCAUAUUUUCAAUAAUAUGCAAUAAUAAAAAUUCAUAUUUUCUUUUUUCAAAGAAGUGAACGUGGUUUUCAUCUUACAUAUUUGUUUUUUAUAUCCUCGACUGUAAAUAAUCCCUGGUCAGAUUUUCUGUUUUUACCCAUUUUCACUGCAUAAUAUAGCUUUUGGAAAAAAAUACCACAUACAACUAUUGGUAAAACUGUAAAUAAAAAUAAAUUGUUUGAAUGCUAUUCUUAUAAACCUACUUAAGUGUAAAAUGAAAUAAAAUUAUGUUAGUAAAAAUAUUUUCAUGGCAACAUUAAAAUUACAUAAUAGUACCUAUUGUAAAGUGAUUCUCUGAAUUGGCCAAUUUAACCGUAUAAUUAAUAAGUUUUUUUAGUCAAACCUCAGAAAUGUGAGGUGUGCAUGAAAUUGUUAAUGAUAAAAUUUAAGUUGAGUACACAUUUGUUGGUUUACACGAGAAGGAAAUGACACAAAUGUAAGCAAGAAUUUCUUUUAAUAGAUAAUUUAAAAGUGCAUAAAAUAAUUUUUGAGACUGAAGUUUUUGUCCUGUUAAGUAUUUAAUAGAACAUUUCAAAAUGCACAAAGAUAUUCAGAUUUUUUUUAAAUGUAUAUGAUGAAUUAUUCACUAAAGAAUAUAUUUUAACAAAUGUCAUAUAAUUCAUACUGGAGAGAAACUCUAGACAUGCGUUAUUUGUAUACUUUUGUAGUUUGUAAAUAAACUCAUACCAGAAAAAUCCCCACUAUUAAUGUAUGUUAAAAUUACUUACAAAAGGACAACUCAUAAAGAAACUUUAUGCAAAACUUAUUUAAAACAAAACAAUUGUUUUUCAACGCAAUGUAUUAAUUAUAUAUAUAUAUUUUUAAAUGUUGUACUUGGCAGUCAUAAAUUUUACAACCACAAUAUAUUGAUAAUAAUGAUUAUAUUUUAAAUUUCAUAAUUUUCUAUUAUGAAAACUGUUAAGUGAGCCUGACAGAUAUUUAGUGUACAUGCAAUUAUAUACAAAAAAAAAAAAUAUGCAAUACAAUAUGGCCUUCAAACUUUUAAAAUAUAUAAACACGUGUGUUCAGUUUUCAAAAAAAAAAGCAAAAAUCAUUUAAUUAUUUUUUUAGUUAUUUGUUUACUAUUAUAACUAUUAUACAUAAUACAAUAUUUAAAGUAGGUAGAUAACAAUCAGUUCAACAUUUGACUAAAAAAAAAUUUGUCUUCACAUGAAAAUAUACCUAAGAACAAAAUUACAGUAACAUAUUAUCAACACUAAAAAGUCAUAUUUUAAGUACAAAUAUUUAAUUCAGACCAGAUUGACCAGGAUAUUAAUAAAAAUAAAAACAUCAAUACAGAGAAUCCAUGAAAUUUUGCUUUUAUAUAUUCUAACCAUUUAAACGCCUAGGUAUAAUAAAUAAGAUUUUACAUAACUAAUUUUGACAUAAUCCGUUUUCUUAUAUGAUGUAACAAAAAAAAAAAAUAAUAAUAAAGUUACAGCUUUGGUCAUGAUAUUUCUGUACGUUUUGUUAUGAUUAAGAAAUUAUGUAUUACUCUGUUUCUUUAAUGACACCAUUUUUUUUUUACAAUCAAUGGUAGUGUAAUAAAAUGUAUAAUAUGUUGACGGUAUUAUGAAAAAUGUAUUAAGUAUCAAACUUCCAUUCAACCAUUUAAUAAAAAAAAAAAAAAAACGUUUGAGAAUAAAUUGUGUAAAUAUCAAUCUAUACAAUGUUUAUAAUUUUUAAAAUUCAUUAAAACAAUAGUGAAACUGUUUACAAAUAGUAUAAUUAAUUAAUACGGUAAUGAAAUAAUAUGAUUAUAAUUUAUUCACUAGGUGUAUUUUAACCUUGAAUUAUUAGAAACAACACAAAAAACCUAAAAAUUAGACGACUAAUAAAAUUAUAAUAUUAUACCGAGAGCUUCAAUUUAGUCUUGAAAAAUGUUAAUUAGUGGUGUUUAUAUCCGUCCCAGUCCCCCUUCAUUAACAUGAAUGUUACAUGUCGGUUUUGAGAAUUUUCUCCUUCAGCAUCCAGGCCAUAUUUCUAUUUUAUGUUAUGACUUUAAUUUACUCGGUAUUAGCGAUACAUAUGGACUAUGGUUUAUCACUACAUGUGGUUUAUUCCUCGUUCUUCACUAUUCAUGUCUCAUACUUACUAAAAUUUUGCUUUAUUGAGCACUCAUCAGGCCUAUUCUUGAAUACCUACAGCUCUAUGGUUUGAUAUCCUCAUUGCGGGGGUUCAAGUCGUCAACUAGAAUGUGUCCAGUGGAUGUUUCUCACUUAUACAAGUUACACCUCAAAAUUUCCCCGUCUUCCGCAUGAUUAUUCCCAUUUCUUCGCUAAACCUCCUAAUUAUCUUAGAAUAUCUUCCUUAACCGACUGUCAUUACUCUCAUAUCAUUAACCUCCUCACAAAUCGCGUAUCUUUAAUUAUCGAUUCUCUCUCUCUCUACUUUCGCGUGUUAAUUUUAAAAUUCCUUCACGUCACGCUCGUCAUAAAACUCCUUUUCGCAUUCUUCCGCACUCAACAAAUAUAUAUAUCAAAUGAACUGAUAAAUGGAACAGUGAAUUUGGAAAAUGAAGACCCCUCUUUUCUCAAUAUAUAAAUCUUGUGCAAGAUAGCUCUUAUAAGCUUUAUUAGUUUUCAAUUGUUGUCUUGAGUUUUUAAUCAGAUUUGUUGCUAGGUGUACAAGCCCCAUUUCAUGUAUAAAAAAAAUAAAAUAUAGGUAACAAUAUUGUUACAGCGACACUAAUCUUCAUCAAAUGAAAUGGCUUCAUCGUGUUGACACCCUACUCAAGGAUCAAGGACGGUUUUAUUCGCGUUCAUUACAGGCGGUGUAGUUGAUAGUGGCCGAUUUCAUAUCAUAAUGAUCACCCAGACCAUGUUAGCUGAAUAAAUUAUAAUACUGUGGCCUCAAGUCCAAAUCCUGCAGAGCACAAAACGAAUAAUGUGUACAUAUAAA